UCCGCCGCCGCGCGCUGGCCCUCGGCUGCGCCGCCUCCCUCGCCGUCGGCGCCGCCAAGGAGGCCGCCGACGAGGCCCGCCUCUUCGGGUCCUCCGGCGCCUCGCUCAGGGACGCCGCGGCCGACCUCCUCGGCGUCGCCCUCGCCGCGGUCCUCGUCUCCCUCGCCCGCCGCCUCCGCCGUGAACGGCGCCGCGAGAAGGCCGACGACGAUAUGGACGGCAGCAUCUCCAUGGUCUGAGUAAGUCCGAGUCAAAUGGGUCGCUGGGCCUAAUUCUUUUGCCGGCCCGUUUUCACCGGCCCGCGUCGCGAGGCCUUUCUCGAGCGCGUGACCUUUCCACCGUCGCUCCGAUCUCUCCCCCUCCUCCUGCGCUUUAGGGAGACGCCGCCGCGCCGCCGACCACCCGCUAUGGCGCUCCUCGCCGCCGUCCGCCGCCUUCCUCGGGCCGUCCGGCUCCUAAAGCCUCACCACCUCAGCACCACUUCUUCCUCCACCUUCUUCGGCGACUCCGAGGGCCCUGCGCCCGCCUGGGAGCCGCGGUCCCCCGUCCGCUCCCCGCCGGACGACCAGUUCGCGGCGUGGGUCACGCGGCUGCGCCCGGGCUUCACCGCGUGCGACCUGGCCGACGCCAUCAACUCCGAGCAGGACCCGGACCUCGCGCUCGCGCUCUUCCGCUGGGCGGCGCUCCGCCCGGGCUUCCGCCACGGCCCCGCCUCCUACAUCGCCGCCCUCAACGCCGCCUCCUCCGGCAAGCGCCCCGUCGCCGCCGAGAACCUCAUCCACGACGUGCUCGCGGGGGCCUGCGCCCCCGACCUCCAGCUCUUCAACGCCUGCCUCCGCUUCUGCUGCGACCGCCGCAGCCUCUUCCCCAUCGCCUUCGACAUGUUCAACAAGAUGCGCGCCCUCCCGGCCAACGCCGGCUGCCGCCCCAACGUCGAGACCUUCACGCUGCUCCUCAGCACCGUCGUCCGCCGCGUGCGCCGCCCGCCCGCGUCGCUGGUCUACCUCCACGCCGUCAGAUCCCUCUCCCGCCAGAUGAAGGCCACGGGCGUGGUCCCGGACACCUACCUGCUCAACCUCAUCAUCAAGGCGUAUGGGCGCUGCCUGGAGGUGGACGACGCCCUCAAGGUGUUCCGCGAAAUGCCCCUCUACGGCUGCGAGCCCAACGAGUUCACCUACGGCUACAUCGUCAAGGCCAUGUUCCAGAAGGGCAGGACCGACAACGGGUUGGUGUAUCUCAAGACGAUGAGGGAGAAGGGGUUCGUGCCGAGCGGCGGCGUGUACAUGUCGGCGGUGGCCGCGCUAGCACUGGAAUGGAGGUUCGAGGAAUCGAGAGAGGUGCUUUUGGAUAUGCUGGACAGCAAGCGGAAGCCAGAUAUGAUCACUUACAGGACGCUGCUCGAGGAGCUGUGCCGAGCUACGCGGACAGAGGAUGCGUUCCAGUUGCUGGAGGAGCUGAAAGAGCGGAAGCGAGGAGCAUUGGACCAGAGGAUGUACUCGGAAUUGCUCGAUGGGCUGCACUGGAUUUCUCAGCCACAACAGAAUAAUAGUCUUCCUCGCCGUGACAGGGGCUCUGCCUCUGAUGAUAGGGGAUCUCAUGACUGAAAUACUUUGAUGAAAAUUGCAUGUCUUGGUGCUAUCGAGUGGCGAAUCACAGUCAUAGAAGCUCUAAUUCAUGAAAGAAUGUACUUCUGCUUGAUAGAUUCAAUAUGUUUUGAUGCAGAAAUGCGGAAGAGCAUAAGGAGGAACUGCCUUGACCUGGUUGACUCAAACUUAUGCACAAUUACGGCUUUUGUCAUGAUUGAUGCAAUACCCACGGGGUAGAGAAGAUACACAAAAUGUCUUUGUUGGAGAUGUGGGAUCAGAAAAAAUAUUGCUUGUUGCUGGCAGCAACGGUCGCUGGACUUGCUUGACAAUAGCAAUUUCCGAAGUAAAUCACGUGUGGCAUCUAGAAAAGGUUGUUCCAGGUAUCAUGUACUGUAUGAUAUGAAGAACUACACAACAAUACUUUAGUGUGGUACAUUUUUAAUUUUUUUGCUCGUAAAGUUCAGUCACAGAAUAAGUGUUUAUGCCUGUGAGAAUUUGCUCUUUGUUUCUCUACCUGGUGUUGAUAACACAAUCUGUAUUGUAGAACCUUGUUCAUGAUAGAUAUUUAUCUGUGAGAAUA